CGGCAUUCUUACACCUCAGACGAUGGAGCUCUCCGCCGCUCUGCAGCCAUGCCAGCUUCUCCUACUAUCGGCCCAUGAUGUGUACGCCCGAUUCAAAGACCUGCUGGGUGAGAACCCCUCCGAUCGCGUCGACGCCAUAAACGACCUCCUUGUCGAUCGUAUCACUACCCAGGCCCUCCCAGCGACCCUCUACACCAUUUGGCUGCCCCUCGCCAUACGAUAUAACCCGCAGCUGUUACGUGCCGCGCUUCAAAACCAGACAUCGGCUUGUAUCCGCGACACCGCUAUCAAAGCCGUCAGUCGGUUGUUUCAUGGUCCGCAAUGGAAGAGCGCGGGGUGGAACGCUCUAGGCGGCGCGGAUGGUUUGGCGUCUAUCUUCGAAGCGGCGCCGGUGUCUGAAGUGAGGGCCUUAGCCAAAGCUAUCUCGCGAUGUCGGUUUUCCCAAGAUGACGGCACGCGCACCGACUGCGUAGAGCGGCUGUUGCAGCGAUUGAGUCAGGGAUCCGACCGACCCCUGUUCGUGGCCUUGUCUCCGCUAUAUGCGCUGUCUUCCGGCCCCUUCGUCAAGGAUGCUGUGAGCAACUUGCCGGAUACGCCAGACGUGGGGCCUCUGCUGAAACGCCUGGCGCCUCUGCAUGCCGACGUGCUGCGACAGAUGGCUGUCGGAAGGAUACCAGCACCGUGGCAUGUUCGACUAUCGAUUUUGGAAGUGUGCCAGACUGCCCUCAUCGGCUCUCCCACCUCGUAUACCUCUGUUCGGGACAGUGUACCAGCGGGCCUGGUGCCAGGGAUGACAUUCGUGCUGGACCUGUGCGACGUUCUUGCUGAAGAUCCCUCUCUGCGUCGGGAUUUCCACGACCUGGAGGAUUACAUCCGUGAAGCGUUCCGUGUCGCCGCACGGCGCCAUGCUCCCUUUGAUCGUGUUGUUCCGUUUUUUACAUCGAUAGUCAAGUAUCCGUCAUGCGUCUUCCUGAAAAGCUCACUGGACAGUGCAGUAGCUCGAGAGCUACGCCGUUGCUGGUCGCUGGUAGCCGCAGGAAAAUCUAGCCCAGAUAUCACCUUCUUCAUGAAGGGCAUCGCUCACCCGGACCAUCCUUCGCAUCCGCGUCCUGAGCAUCGAUUGGACCUGGAGAACGCUUUGACGGACUUUCUCCGGCGGCACCCAGACCGUCGGCUACCAAGAAAACAGCGGCACGACACUUUCAUCACAAUGCGGGAUGUGCUACUAGACGUCAGCCGGCCCGCGCGGCGGCGCUUUCUUGAAUAUCUCGUUGGUCUUUCUGAUGGUCUCUGCUACGACCCAGUCUACGAAACAACCCCCUUCACUUUUGAUUUUCAGGCCAACCCCCCUAAACCACGCGAGCGACAACUCGUCCCCGUGUGGCACUAUGACGUCCUUUGCAUACUCCCAGCGGCAGAUUCCCAAGUAAUCUUCGAGCGGAUGCUGGCCAUCCACGGGUGCAAGGGCUUCGUGCCGACGGCGAACGGCUUGGAUUAUUCGCAGCAGUGCCGGUUGAAGGCGCAAUGGGAAGCGGAGGGGACGGAAGCUUUGGUAAUGGGUCGACAACUAUUCCUCAACCUUAAGAAACACGCAGAGAGCCAGCGUGACGCCACGGAGCGGUCUAGUGCCUCUCGCGCUGCUGUUCAGGUUGCCUUCGAUACGUACAAUCUCGACCUCUGCCGUGAGGCGGUGUUGUGGACCCGGCGAUUCAUUCGCGAUCCGGUCGUGUUUCCUGACAUCAUGUCGAAAACCAUUUUGACGAGGGACAACGCCUGCCUCGGCUGCGUCGACAUGCCGUCGUCGCGACUACCCAAAGACAUGGCUGCCCUGCGCGCCACUGUCAAGUCCGCCCACAAGGUCCUGUCAGCACUCUUGGAGACCGUUCUUCUAGCGCUUUGUGAACCGAUAGAUCACCGCAGCUUUACUAGGGGCAUCGCAUCUUUCUUGCGGAGAUUAGUUGCCGCUCGCAUUCGCGGCAUCAACCGGUACCGGCGUGCUGGAGUAGGCAGCGAGGCCGAGAUCGUCGACGCCUUACUCAUGCCCCUUGUUCCUAUCCUAAUUGCCUGGGAGCGUACUUCCGAAAACCCCCAGAGAUCCUCGACCGACGACGAAGAGGAAGUAUCAACCGACAAAGAAGAGGAAGCUUCAACCAGCCAACAAAACAAUGGUAUGAUCUCCAGCGAAAAGGAAAGCUGGACCGACGACGACGGCUAUCUACACUCUCUGGAACUGCCGCCGCAGUGUUCACCCGCCGUAUUGCGCUUUUUCGACGAGUACGCCCGUCACCGGAACGACCUACACCGGGCCCAACGAGUUAAUCUUUUCUCCGAUGUGGCGGAUCUGGAUGAAGGAUGGCCACAAGGCCUGCAGUUCCAGUGUCUGCUACCUGGCCGACCAUGGUUUGCCUUUGCCCUGAAACAUCCGGAGACGGCACCGUACAUGGCUGGUCGCAUAAACACUGUCCUGGAGGCCUCUCCGAGGGUAGUUUUCGUGCCUCAGCCCCAGCAUGACGAGAUCGUUGAUGACGACCACGUUGAUAGUAUCCCUGUCGCCGUGUGCGCCCUGAUCGACAUGCACCAAAACAAGCGCGCUAAGACAGACGCCAUCCGAGCCCUCUGGGACACGUAUCAGUCCCGCAAAGAUGAAUACGGGAAGUAUUUCCCCGUGUUGCGUGACUACCUCGUAAACCUGCUUGAAGAGGAGCUCCUCUUUGAGGCAGCGAACUUCGUCCGCCCUCCUCGCCUUGCCCAAGCAGCCUCCUAUCUCCCGAGCACAAACCCCACUGCCCUUACAGCCUGGGAUCCUACAUCCUCGGUCCUUGAGGAAGCCCAGCCCGCUGCAGACGAGCUGUCCAAUCUCAAAGAGCGGCGCCUUGCUACUAACCUGCUCUACUACCAACUCCAAGGAGAGUUAGAUUCCGAAAACUAUAUCCCCUACGAUGACACCCCCUUAUGGCACCUGAGCAAUAGGCACUGGGCGUGGCCCAAACUCCGCUUCGAGCGCGCAUUGGCAGGAUCUCAUGUCGUGCGCAAGAUGACCCUGCCUGCGCGCGAAGCCACCAUUGUAUCCGCCCUCCUAUACUUGGAGCUCGCAAUGCACAAUCUGCACGCCGAGAAAACCCCAACAGACACUCAGAGCAGGGAGAGCAGCCCCCUAGCAGCACCGUUCCCGGACGCCGACACGGUCCGGUAUCCCGCGAUGUAUAUCAAGAAGGAUUUCUUGGAAGUCGCGUGGGACGACGUUGGAAAGGCUAUGGGGCGGUGUCUUGACGUGCUACGUGCGUCCAUGUACGCCGUUCCCAGCAAGCUGGUGUCUGCCUUACUGGACCGGGUGCUAGACGCACUAGAGACGCUGGAGCGGCCGCAUGGGGUCUUCAAGGUCGUGCUGAGGACGGCGUUCGCGCUGAUCCAAGCGUUCGUGCUCUCGGAUAGUCCGGAACUGGCUGUGGCGCCUGUCCUGCGGGUCAUUGAGUCGUUCCCUAGUGAGUCAGCCUACCACCGGUGCAUGAAGCUGCUCUCGUUGUGUCGGCGGCUACGCCCAGAUAGCGUGGCCGCGUUCCUGGAGCGAUUCUCAGGCUUCGUUUGCGAAAAGCUCGUCGAGCAACAGUGCAGAGACCCCCAGAAGCAGCAGUCGCCUCGGCUCACGCCCAAGACCAACGCCCCGAACUAUGUAAAGAUCACGACUGUGAAGAUGUUGGCGCAGCUACUCUCCCAGGCGGACUUCCUCCCGCUCGACACGACGCUGCGGAUCCUGGGAGACGUGUUCCAUUCCACACACCAUAUCGACAUCCGCACCCAAAUCGUGAAGGCCGCCCUGAAUCUCUUUGAUCCCGUGCGUGGUUCUCCGGCCGGACUCGACCGUCUGUUUACCUUCAUCAAAUCCAUCGCCCAUGAGAUAGCACAAGAGCCUAGUGAAAUGGAUUCUGCCGGAGACGUAUCCGCCUGGACGACGGCUCUCCCCAACGUAUCCUCCAUCAAGGAGCGUCCAGGAUUACAAGUCCUCAUCGAGGCACAGGCCAAGCUUCCGCCAGCCCUUCAUGCUAAGUAUGUCCAGCAUGUCCUGCUCCCCUUCGUCACAGCCUCGGAGAACACGCACAAUGUUUGGAUGGACGCGUUCCUUGCGCCGCUAGGCCUCUCUCGUGCCGAGCUCGGAAUUCCCUCAUUUGGGCCCUUCGACCCCUACCUCAUUGACACCAUUUUAUCCAAAUGGUCCAUCUAUCUCCCUGCGCGGUACCUAUUGACCAAGCACAACGAGUGGGCGCUCACUCACACCCUCCAUUGGCAAUCGUACGCCACCAUUGGCGACACUCUGGCCACAUCAAACCCAGAGUACCGACAGACAAACGCCGGGCAGCAUUGGGAAGAGCUUGUCUCGCGACUUCACGAGACAGACCCCAUAAGCAUCUUGUUCCCACUCCUACGCGACGACGCCCUCCUCACCCCCCUCGUUGCUGACGGAAUCACACGGAAAACCGUGGUCUCUGAAUUUGCGUGUAGGACGCGCCAGAUCGCACGUUAUCCCGCGCAGUACUUCCCCAAAGCCGGGAAGAUGCGUGUGACAUUAGAUCCACUUAUCUCCUCCCUGAAGCAGCUUCGUGCUUUCCGGGUUACCAAGGAGGAUAUCGGUGCGGAAUCACGUAGAACGCGGUAUACCGUCACGGACGAGGCUCUCCGGUCAGUCAUGGAUUAUGUCGCGUCCCUCCGCGAUAUCACAGAUCACAAACCUCCGGUUUUGCCAACGCCAUUCGAGCUAGAGGUUCUGGUCCUACCGUCCCCGGUGUAUAUCCCUGAUGCGGAACGUGAGGACCGAUUAACGCAAUUUGUGGAAGCUAUGGUGGAGAUGAUCUCGACCCGGGUAAGCAGUCUGGCACUAGUAUUGGAAUUUGCGGCGCUGGAAAGCGUGGUUGAUGAGGUCAUCGCGGAAGAUAUUGUCCGCGUCGUGGAGUUGUUGAAUGCUUCUCGCGGACAACAUCGGCUAGGCGCUCUAGAGAGGGGCUUGGUCGUAAAGCUUGCGCAGCGGUUGGUGAAUCGGUUGAGUGACGACGAGGUUCGACUGUGUCAGGGGCUCCGACCGCUGGUGGAUGAUUGGAGAAGGGACGAGGAUGAGUCCGUGAGCCGGAUAGGGUGGGGAGUUUGUAUUGAUUAAUUUUCUCAUAUUGUUGUACUGUGUCAUGGCUGGUCCAAUCUUAACAUACUUUUGAGAAGUUCAAUGAAGGGGGAAUCGUUCGACAUGCAGUGAUGGAGA